GUUGAAAAGAAACCAUGUAGGCUAAAAAAGAUAUCUAACGGUGUCUCCUUUUCAUUAUUUUAAUAACGUAUUCUUUGAUAAGAAGGCGUCAAAUGAUAAAUUACUUGAAGAGUCCUCGCAACGACUGGACAACACCUGGCGUUAAUGGGAGGCCUCUUCAAAGUGGACCUGGCUCUAAAGGGAGAAAUAUCAUCAUAAUAACUUUUCCUUGCGCUGUGGGGUUGGUGAUAUCAUAAUUGCUUUCCCGCCGUAAAUUAAUUAAUGAAAGAUAUGUCUAAAUUUCUUCACACCAUAAUACAAAUUACUGAAGAUCUAUGUAGCUGUUUUACCCCUUCACUAGAACUCAAAUUCGUUAUCAGAUGUUUAAUGAAACAUGAAAAUAUUUGGAUUUAGGUGUUGCGUUCAUAUAUUUAUUUUCAGGCAAGACAGCAGGGCGCCAUGAGCAGGGCUGUUUUCAUACAGGUCGUGACGUGCGUGAUCUUUGCCUGUCUCCAGGUAGGUCAACUUAUCUAUUGUCACAAAUGACACGCUCUUACAGAUGUAAACAAUAUAAUUCAUCAAUGAGAAUGUUUUUUUUUUUUGUUUUUUUUUAAAAUAUAAUCAAGACUUUUUUGUUAUAAAAUACAACGCUAAGCCAAAAGUAGAUAAGUCACACGUCAGUAAAAUCUUAUGACACAGUAAACUUGCAGCUCUGAAAUGUAAACUAAUAACACGCCAUCUGCAGAAAACAACGUAAUUUCAAAUGCCACAUUAAAACGUAUUUUCAGCAACACACCAGAAUACGAUACAGUUUUCUCCUUGAAUAUCACCUUACUUUUUUUUUUUUUUAGUUGCAUUUUGCAACCUCAGCAUUUUAAAGGGCUUGUAAACAUUGUGUUGCUGAUGUUUUGUUUAUAUAUAUAUAUAUGUAUGUAUUGUGUGAAUUAUUCAAUUUUUAUUUUUGAUUUUAUUUUCUUUUUGGUCUUUGAAAUCUGAAAAUAUAACUUCCAACACAAAAAUGCUCUAAAAAAAUAUCAUAUCUGAUUUAGUUCCAGGUCAGUGAGGCGUCAGACGUUGUGAGCCCGUGCACCGAGUGUGUCGCCAACACCAAUUGCGUCAACGAAGGCUGCGUGUGCCAGGGAAACUACACUGGCAACCCGUACUUCCAUUGCCACCUCGUCAGCAAUCUCUUCUGUUCGUAAGUCUUGUCAACGUAUUGGUUUUAUUUCUGGUUAGUUUGAAGAGCACACAAAAUGCCAUGCAAAAAAAAAAAAACCUUCCUUUUACUGUCUUCGUAGAUAGUUUUUUUAGAAUAGGUUUUGUCAUUUAAUGGCGGAAAUAUAUUAAUUAACAUUCACGUAUUCCAAUUGGCAAAUCUCUCAACAGCUGUUCGAUACUUAUGUGUCAAUGUGAGUCAGCAUAGUUUUUAUCAACCUAGGCAAGAAAUUUUUUAACGAAAUAUUUUACCCACAAAAAAGUGUUAAUUUUAUAUAUAUAUAUAUAUAUAUAUAUAUGUUAAAUACAUUGUUAGCAGAAAUGCUUUAGGAAAUACGUUUCUAAAAAAAAAAAUUAACAUUACGUCAUUCAAUGUAACGUUUCCUGGUCUUAGGAAUGACUAACCGUUUUUAAAUAAAUUGUAGGAUGCCGACAUUUAAGAGCAUUCUAAUUAUAGAAAUAUUGAAUCUAUUGAAGUUCAAGACAAGUCAGUUAAUAAUUAUAGGAUUAAUUAUUGCUGGACGGAGUGUUAAGUGCAUUCGGUUCUAUAUUAAGUAUGCAGUCUGACAAGUGGGCUUACUUGCUUUAGAUGUGAUCCGUGUAAGUAUUCGGUCCUUCAUUAUGCAGUACUCACUUCGGUUCAACGUGUUGACUGCAUUCUUUCUAUCUAACAAGCUUACAUUUUUUCAGUUCCUGUUUUCUAUCAUUACCCAGAUCUACGUAAGACAUCAGUCCUACAAAAAGUUUGUAUUCCUAUUGAACACGUUUAUAUUAGGCUCCAUAUAAAGGAACCUACAAUAAAGCCUGACUUGCACAUUGACAUAACGACAUUUAAUUAAAUGUAAUGUUUCCCUACAGGCUGACCAAUGACCCAAUCUUGACCACUUUUUCCCAAGCUCAACUCCCUGUUUACGUGCUGGGCGCCACCAAAUUUGUCCAAGUGACCACCACGCCAUCUGACACUGGUCAGUUCUGUGACUUCGCCCUGUUCGCAUUGAUGGAGAGACUAGGAGAACAACUUUACGUCCAAAGCUUUGAGGUAUUUGAUCAUGAUUUUUUUUAUACGCACCUUCUACUUAAAACUAUUAGGACAACGAUUACUACUGCGAAACCUCACAAGAUAACGUGACAGUUCGUGUCCUUAAUGUUGGUUUUACAGAACGCUAGCGAAUUGCGAUUUGAUUGAUUAAAAAACAUUUUUUUUUUUAAAGAAAGAAGUUAGGUAGUGUCACAAAUGACUGGGGCGGGGGUACAGGACAGAGCUCCAUUGUGGUUAAUGUACCUUACAGGAUGGGCGGAAGUUGCUGUUAUUUUAGUUUAGCGACGCCAUUUAUAAGAGGGUGUCAAGUAAGGUUAAUAGAUUGUCGCAGCUCGGAGAUAGAGGGGAUGGUUCUUUCCAUGACUUGCCAUGAUAAUUUUUGGGUUAACGAAGGGGAAAUUCUAAUUGCCUGGAAAUUAGGGGCAGGGAUGUGUUAAUUGAGACCAAUCUUGGGCGACCUAUGGAGGUAGAGAAUCUUAUAUAAGACACAACUGUUCAAGAUAAGGGUUAGUUGAGGAAGAGGGAAAAGAGAUACGAUAGAAUUUAGCGGUUGCUAGGGAAUAGUCGCAAGUUGACUAAAUGAACAUAAUAAUAUUUUAGACGAAACAGUUCAUAAAGAAAUAGCUAUAGAGGUAGACAGUUGACAGUUAGCGGCACCAAUAGAAGAACUUUAUUUAGAAAUAAAUACAUUCUCUUAUCAUCUGGACACCUGGAGUUGGCGUUGUUAGUUUUCUUUCCUGUUCAAGUCGUUGUGCUUUGUCUGUCCCGUCGCUUAGACACCCACAAUAUAAAUCGCAGAGAAGAGAGGGCCUGUACUGAAAACUUCUACGUCAAUGCAUAGUUUGUGAUAAGCCAGGAUCCGAUCCCUACUCCGUAACAACAGUUCUGUGACAGGUAGUUUGGUGAAUUUUUGUAUUUAAACAUUUUAAAUCAAAUUUCUUGUGUCUAGUGAGAUAUGAAAGUACUGAAGAUGGAACAGUUCUAGUGGCUUUGUUAUAGUUUUGUAAGAAUUUUUUUUUUUAAAUUAAAUUUUUUAAUAUACCCUGGCUUAAUAUUCGGGCGCUAAUAUAAGAAAUCAUUUUGGCGUUUUCAUAACGGAGAAACUUAGAGAGGGGUUUUCAUGUUCCUCGUUUUUUUCUCUGGCAUCCGUCGGUAACAGUGUGGCGAUGGUGUAGGCGUCACAAUGUAAUGUUGGUGUACACAUCACAAUGUAAUAAUGGUGUACACGUCACAAUAUCAUGAUGGUGUAGGCGUCACAAUGUCAUGAUGGUGUAGGCGUCACAAUGUAAUGAUGGUGUAGGCGUUACAAUGUAAUGAUGGUGUUCGCGUCUAAUGUAAUGAUGCUGUACACGUCACAUUGUAAUGAUGGUGUAGGCGUCACAAUGUAAUGAUGGCAUAUGCGUCACAAUGUAAUGAUGCUGUACACGUCACAAUGUAAUGAUGCUGUACACGUGACAAUGUAAUGAUGCUGUACACGUGACAAUGUAAUGAUGCUGUACACGUCACAAUGUAAUGGUGCUGUACACGUCACAAUGUCAUGAUGGUGUAGGCGUCACAAUGUCAUGAUGGCGUAGGUGUCACAAUGUAAUGAUUGCUGUACACAUCACAAUUUAAUGAUGUUGUAAGCGUUACAAGUAAUGAUGCUGUACUCGUCACAAUGUAAUGAUGGCGUCGGCGUCACAAUGUAAUUAUGAUGUACACAUGACAAUGUAAUUAUGAGGUGCACGUCACAAUGUAAUGAUGAAGUACACGUCACAAUGUAAGGAUGGUGUUCACGUCACAAUGUAAUGAUGCUGUACACGUCACAAUGUAAUGAUGCUGUACACGUCACAAUGUAAUGAUGGUGUUCACGUCACAAUGUAAUGAUGUUGUUCACGUCACACUGUAAUGACGAUGUACACGUCACAAUGUAAUGAUGCUGUACACGUCACAAUGUAAUGAUGGUGUAGACUCACAAUGUAAUGAUUUUGCAGACAUAACAAUUUGACUAUGGUAUAUAUGUCGCAAUGGGAAAUGGUCUAGAUGUCAAAAUGAGACGAUGUAAUGGAUGUAAAAUAAAUAUAUCAAAUAAAUAGAUUUAAACAUUUUUGCCACCCAAAUAAUAGAACAAUACGUGCCAAAAAAAUGUAACAAAAUAACUACCACUUUGAUUAAGUAUUUAUCUAGAGGCUGUUUGUUCUCAUUGAUUGCUUUAUCCGUUUUUGUGAAAAAAAGGGGGGGGGGGCGGGGAACCAUGGUUGCCCGCAGAAAACUUCCUGGGGGGGGGGGCAAACAAAAACGAUUAACUUUCUAAGGGGGGACAAAAAUUUUUAAAAAAAAGGGGGGGGGGCGGGGAACCAUGGUUGCCCGCAGAAAACUUCCUGGGGGGGGGGGCAAACAAAAUCGAUUAACUUUCUAAGGGGGGACACAAAUUUUUUAGUAAUGUUUUAAUAUAGUUUUAAUUUACUGUAGCGUAUUUGUAUGGUGAACGAAUGGACAGGACAUCAGUUUAGUUACUUUCUCUUUAUUUUCUCUAUACUGUAAUACAUUUGUUGUCUAUGUUUGUCUAAAAUUUGUUUAUCCAAUCAAUCCAGGGGGGCAAGUGCCCCCUUGCCCCCCCCCCCUCUGCGGGCACCCAUGGGGUAACGUACAGGGUCCUUGUUGCACAGAUUGCCAUCCACCUUGCGUUUCAAUUCAUCAACGUCUCGGAACAUACCAAUACGUAUAAAAAAAAAAUCCUUUAUUUUUAAAUGCCCUAGAAACACAACCGAUUAUGUGGAAGGUAAGAGUAAACACUCUAACUAUAGUAUAGAAUUCUAUUCAUUCUUUAAUAUGAGAUGCAAUGCUACAAUUCUAUUGUCAAAGAUUUUCUGUGUUGUUGUUUUUCUUAAAAUUAUUUAAAAUUAUUUUUUUUUUAUUCCGUUUAGUUCAAUAUGAAAGUUCCCAAUAUUAUGUUCCCAUCGUUUAACGUCACAUUUAUGCUGAGGUUGGAGUCCAGCAGGGAACAAAAUGGUGAGUAGCCUGGUCAGAGUUUUGAACUUUCACUUACACACAGCCUGCUUCUAUAUGAUACCAUGCGAACAUUCAGAUAAUUUUGUAUCACGAGUGUCAUAAAAACUCAAUGUGUACGUUGCAAUCAAAUCGAACGUAUAGUUACUUGAAUCCAUCAAAUAAUAUAAAUCUUAAUAUUGAAAACUUACCACAGCUACUGAUAAAUAUCUUGUAGGACUGGUACUUCUGUUGCUACUUACGUAGCAGUUCAGUGGCCUAAUGCUACUAACGUAGCAGACUGAUAUGUCUAUUGCUACUAAUGUAGCAGACAAGUAAGACUAUAGCAACUAAAUUAGCAAAUAUUAUUUGACCUUUGGUGCAAUUAGCCAGCUUACUUUUUUUUAAAUGGAAAAAUUAUAUUUAAUCAUCCGAUUUUAUACACAUUACACUAGACAUAUCAGUCUAAUUUAAAAAAAAACAAAACAAAUUAUUGUGCUAAAUCACUAAUUUUAAUUAACUUAAUUGUAUAUUUCUAGUAAAACUUACAAGGUUAUUAUUUAUUUAUACAAAACUUUCACAGCAAAAUAAAGCAAGUUAAACGCAUUAGUCGCACUUUUUCCAUUCUCAGGGUCGAUUACUUGGAGGUACUUCACGGUGGACCAAGGAACCACAACUCUGGUAGAUGGAGUUACCCUUCUCUUCGGCUCGUGUAGCAUUCAGCUGCAGCCCCAAGCGUCCUUGUUCGUCUUCGUGGACAUCGGAUGUUGCGGUAUUACCGUAGGCCUUCGACCUUACACGGGGCGAAAUUCAUCUUACACGCCAGGUAAGAAGAAACUGCACUGACUGACGCGGUCAACUAGAUUGAAAGUUUGUCUUACGCAGGUUGAAAUAGAUGAGGACCACAGCUAAGCCUACACAGGGAAACAGCUGACCGUGCUGAGCAGGUGGACACAGUUCAGAUACUCAACAGACGCAAAAAAAAACCAACAACCUUAAGUUAAAAAAACUCCUGGUGCUCAAAAAAGAACAACACAAUUUUUGAAAAAGGACAUUGUGGUUAAAGUUAAAAAAAAGAGACACGAAAUACGCAGCCUUCGAUAGUGUGACAUUUAAACAUGCAGCCUUUCUAAAAUAUUAACAUAAAAUGUGAUCCUUUAAAAAUUUAAAUAGAAGUUGUGUUUAGAUCCAGACUUAUCUAAGUAACAGAUUUUCAUGCUUUAUUUUUACUUUGAAUUACUUAGUAUUUUAACGCAAAGCCCAAGGCAUUGUUGCCGGAUGAAACUAAGCCAGAAAUAAAAAAAAAUGGCCUGCAAUUGGUGUAAAUGAUUAAAUUAAUCAUUGCUUUGUACUCUUUAACUCGGUCGUGGCCCACCCUUAAUGGCUUCACGGACCACUUUGAUCGCGAGUCAACUCUUGGCGAGUCAACGCUUGUCUUUUAAUAGUAUUGAUGACGUGUCUACAGUUUACACGUACCGACACAAACGUAAAUAAAUUGAAUAGUUUAUGGCGAAUAGAACAGUAUCUACAGUUGUGUCUUUUUCGCUGUGGCCACGGAAACAAUGAUAGACUCCACAUAUCACCUCACCUAAGGUAAAGCGGGAGGUGAUUUACAUUUUGACAUCCGUGCGUAUGUUAUCUCUAGCCCUGGUGUAUUAUUUUAAUACAGUAUUUUAACCAAAAUCAGGAGUUAAACUAUCAACAAUUAUACAAUUUUACAUCCAUCAUGAAAAGGCCCAGUUUAUAACCACAGUUGACGUCAAUUAGGCCAGUUUUAUAAUCCAUCUCACCAGUUUCAUGACCAGAAGCAUCAGGUUUAUGGCCAAUAUCAACGUCACUAAUCCAAGUUUCCAAUUCAAUUGCAACAGUUUCCCUAUCAAUAGCCACAGCUGCAUGAUACACAUCUACGCGUAUUUCAGGUUCAUAACCAAUAUCAAGAUAAGAUCUAAACUUGACGCCAGAGGAAUGCUCAUCUUUAAAAUUAUCACACCCAAAGACAAUAUGUGCCGUCAAACAUUUUAAUAUUACUCAUACAUAAAGAACCAGAAAUGAACAGUGGUGUGGUGUUUAACUUUCUUCUCUGAGCGAUGAAUUCUGACCGACGAUGGCCAUGUUACGAUCUCAUUAGUUUAAUGUUGGAGUUUUUUUUUUAUUAUUACCUUUGUAUUGCCUUUUAAUGUUUUAAAUGCUUUGUUUAUAGACUUUGAAUGCAGGACGAGAGCAGGGUGAGGUGGGGUGGGAAUACGAGAUCUGUGAAGAAUAAUGACGAUGGGAACAUACUAUUGGUGACUUUUAUUUGGAACUAAACGAAAUAAUAAAAAAAUAAAAAUAAUUUAAAAUGUUUAAAUUAAAAAAAAAACAAAAAACCGUUCAAAGCUUGACAACCUUUAUGGACAGCCACACACGCAUCAACAUGUCAAUACCUGUCAGAGCUACAAGUGGAGAGAGAGCACGUAUCAAAGUUCAUCAAUUUUGUCACAGUAGCUAAUUUUGUUUUGUUUAUCAAUGAUAUUAACAUCCAACGUGAAAUAGGUGCUGAGCUUGAAUACAUUUAAUAGAUCGAAGCUCUUACAAAUAGCAAAGGGCGCAGUUGUUCCUCUACCUCUUUGAGAUGAGCAUUGCAUACUUGAAAUUGCUUAACGUUUAUGCUGUGUUGUAUAAAUGACAAACACGGAAUAGCUUUCAUGCAAGGGCGAAAACGCGAAGAGUGACAGUGGGCCUCCAAAAUUCACACGUCAGCUCUUUAAGGAGGAAGAUUACUGUGGCACAACCCUGUGAAAAGACUGUUCGGCUGAAAGAGCUGUAAUUAAAAUUGAUAUCAAUCGAAACCAGUCUUGGUGGAAAAGUUUAAAGAACACACUUAUGGUGUCAUGAAUCAGUGGUUCCCAAUUUUUUUUUUAAUCUCACCCCCCUUUCGAAUCCUCAUUUUCCACAUUUCACAUUAUGUAAAAUCUAACAACUACACUGCAAAAGAGUGAAGUGAGUUACCAUUGAAGACCACAAGGGAAAAAAUGGCAUGGUCACAUUUUUGUUGUUUUGAGAUAUUCGAUUUUUAAAGUUCAAAACCAUGCACAUAAAAAAUGUGUAAACAAAAUGUAAUUUUUAAAAUGCAUUUCACAAGAGUGUCCAUUUCCCUGAGUUAUUAAAUAGAUAAAUUAAUUCAAACUUGAAUGUAACAUGACUUAUUUCAUUAUAGUAGAGAGUGACGUCAAAAUGGACUCUGCCGUUUUUUCCCUUGUAGUAAUUUAUCAAGGUUUGAUCAUUGAUAAAUAUUUAUUAAAAACUAUUUUAUAGGUAAAUAUUUACAUUUAGGGGUCACUGGCAAAUUACUUCACGCUCAGAGGGGGUGGGUUGAGAUAUGUGAUACUUUGUUACGGGGGGGGGGGAAGGGGGGGGGGGGCAAAAAUUGUGACGUCACUUUUUUUUUUUACCUCUAAACGUUUCUAAUUCUGAAAAAAAAUAAUACUUUAUUUAUUUUUUAAAACAUUAAUUUGAUGUCAAAAUUGCCUCAGGUAUUAUAAUAUAGGUACCAUGAAACUCAGUUUUCUAAUAAUACUACAUCUAAAUCAUUAUGGCAGUAGCUCUCAACCUUCCUAAUGCCUCGAUCCUUUAAUGCAGUUCCUCAUGUUGUGGCGACCCCAACAAUAAAAUUAUUUUUGUCGGUACGUCAUAACUGUAGAGGAUAUGCAUUUGCCGAUUGUUUUAGGUGACUCCUUGAAAAGAGUCACUUGACCUCAAGGGAAAAAACGGCAGAGUCCAUUUUUAAUGUUUUUGAGUUAUCUCCCCUGACUAAUAGCCAGUUAAACAUAGAAGGUGCUGAAUUAAGUUUUAAGGAGAACAAUGGCUAAGUCCCUUUGUAAAAGGUUCUGCUAAAAGUCGUUUCCAAGUAAUUUACUUGCUUGCAUCUUUUCCUUUCUAUAGGGCAUAGAAUUUUAACUGAGUAAGUCACUACUUUCCAUUAGGUCCGCGAGAUGAGCAUACAGUUUAUUACUGCGUGACAUACUGGCUCACACCUGGUCCGCUGGAUGUACCAUACAGUUAUUACUCAUUUGGCUCUCACCUGGUCCGCUAGAUGUACCAUACAGCUACUACUGAGUUGGCUCACACCUUCUACGAUGGAUGUACCUAACAUUUAUUACUGAGUUGGCUCACACCUGGUUCGCUUGAUGUACCAUACAUUUAUUACUGAGUUGGCUCACACCUAGUCCGCUAGAUGUAUCAAACAGCUAUUACUGAGUUGGCUCGCACCUGGUCCGCUGGAUGUACCAUACAGCUUCUACUGAGUUUGCACACACCUAGUCCGCUAGAUGUACCAUACAGCUACUACUGAGUUGGCUCACACCUUGUACGAUGGAUGUACCUAACAUUUAUUACUGAGUUGGCUCACACCUGGUCCGCUAGAUGGCGCAUACAGUUAUUACUGAUUUGACUCACACCUGGUUCACUAGAAGUACCAAACAGUUAUUACUAUGUGAAUUACUCGCUCACACCUCUUGUCAUCAAGUCGCAGCACACAGUUAUAACUGAUGGAGUUACCUGGAUUGUACCAGGACCGCUAUAUGCGGCAUACAGUUAUUACUGAGACUUAGCUAAAUAAGGAUUUGCAUAUAGUCCACUGGAUGUCGCUUACACAUCUAUACUGAAGGAGUUACUGUUUUUUUUUUUUUGUUCUGCUAAAUGUAAAAUACCAUACUCGCUGAGUGAAUCUGAUUUGUGUCUUUUUUGCAAGCUUUAGCCGUUGUUGGUGAUUGAACUAUUGGGUUGAAUCUGGUCUUGUUGAUGUAGUUUCCGAGUAUUACUAAACGAAAAUUAGGCUUAAUUAGGAAAAAAAUGUGCAUUAUAUUCACGGCGCCCGGUUAGUGGUACGCGCCCCCGGUGGCAUCAAGGUGAACAGUAUGGGAACCACUGCCAUAACUUUUUCCACUGAGAACCUCCCAAUUGAAUGUCACAUGUGAUUAGCUAUAAAAAAUCACUCAAACUUAAAACAAGUUGGUCAUUUUAUCCCCCAUCAACACUCAAUUUUUUCUUUAUAUCAAAAAUUCCAAACACGCAAAGAACUAAGAUACAUUGACGGCCAUUGACCUAAACUAAUGAAUAUUUCAUUUCAGGUCUCUUCGUAGAAAUAAACUCAACCAACCAACCGACCUUCGGCAGCUGGCAAGCCUCGCUCGAACCCUUAUGUCUUGACCAGGGGACGUUCACCAUCGCCGACGUCCAGAACGCCACGGGCCUCUCCGACCCGAUCAAGGCGAUGACAUACCUGGCGCAGACGAACAUGAUCGACUGGUCCUAUCUGAGCGUCCUCUACGACGAGAAGGACUUCACCGAAUCGCUGAGAGAUUGCCCCGGAAGCCGGCGCGGAAGGCUGUUGGACGAGGCGUGGUUUGCAUUCACCAGCGCGCCGUUCCGGCAUUGCAUCUCCGACGUUGAAACUGACAUGGCCAAUGUGUUCACGUUCAUCACCCUGGAGGUGCACUACGUAUGCAAUGAUUUGGUCCAGGCCUGCUUCGUAGCCAAGCAGGACAUCGAGAGCCACUGUAACCUGACCAUGUUCCAAUUUCUACAGGAUUUCGUUGACCAGCCGUGCGACGUCUGGACUGAGAUUACUACUCCACUUUCGGUUAGUUGACACGCGAGAUAAAACAGCUGGAACAGUGCCACAAUUUCUGCAGCCACGGUUACCGCAAUCGUUAUGAUAUGUAGUUCAAUUUCCGUACGCAACCGGAUUAAUUUGUGUAACUGAUCAUUAAUGAAUAAAAAAAGUAUGAUGUUU